AAAAGUAAGGAAAAUUGACACACGCAGCGGAGGUGCAUCUUUGUCAGCCGUUUCGUAGUUCUUUUUUUUCAAACGCCAAAAGCUUUCAAUGACGAUGGAAAAUCAGGAAGAAAUAUUGAUGCUGCUGGAGCGUUUUACCAAAUCGAAACAGAAGGACAUCCCGCGCGAACUCGAGGACUACCUAAACUUUGUCGCACGCACGGGCGAUACACUUUACCGCUGGGUACUGGUGAAGCCGCUAUUCCGCGAAAAGCUAGUGAAUGUAAUUACCGACUUUCAUCAUAGCACACCUAGCAUUGCAGAUAUUCCCCAAUGUCCCAACGUCGAUCCGUUCAACUUCGAGAGGAUGAAGCGGGCGCUGUUGGAGCGGAUGGAUUCCUUCAAUUCCGCUCCCUUCACGGUGCAGCGUAUCUGCGAGCUGCUUACGGAACCGCGCAAACAGUACACCCGUAUUGAUAAGUUUAUGCGAGCGGUGGAAAAGAAUAUUUUAGUGGUUAGCACACAGGAACCAGGUCGCCGUCGCAGUGACAGUGAGAAUGGCGAUUCACUCGAUUCGAUCGUAAACGGUGAUCUGGAAGUGAACGUUGAUAUCGAAAUGGACAACGAGCAGUUCCAUCUGGAAGCGGACGCUUUGCUGCCGGACUCGAGCGACCCAGUCAGUUCACUGCACGGCUCGCUCGCGGACGUAGGCGCUUCGCAGCGCGCUUGCGAAGGAAACGAAAUCAACGGUGGACGGGUUGUUGGCGCCUUCAUGAACAACGAUGCCGGAAAUCAAACUGCCAAGGGUGGAUUGAAUUCCGAUGGACAUCAAAGUGUUAUUGAUACGAAUGAAAAUGCGACCGAUGGAGAUAUAGCGGCACCGCUGCUUGAAGCUUCCCUUGAAUCAUCCUCCUCUGUGGCGGACGCCGCCGUCCAGUCCGGAAAGGAUGAUGAGCUUGAAAAAGAAUCGCUGCAUGAGCCAACGUCGAUCAAUGAGGAGGACGCUAUUAACACGGACGCACCCGCACAAACAGCUCGGGAGGAAGAAACCGGAACAACCGCACGGGACACUUUAGUUCCAGCAGAUAAACCAAGCGCGGACUCAGCAGUGCACGAAGCGGUGGCAAAGCAACACGAGGAAAAGGAAGAAAAUAUAGACGUAAUUAAAUCUCAAGCAAAUUCAGCUGGCGGGGAAGAUGAAAAGGACACCAUCGUUCAGGAAGACGAAGAGCCGAAAGCUAAAAUGGUGAAGUACGACGAUGAUCCACUUCCGGCGCAAUCGAUCUCAUGCACCACCACCACCACCACUACCACCAGCGUUAUCAAGGCAGAAGUACAUGCUUCCGAUGUAAGUGAUGCUUUGUCCACACAACCGGAAAGUGAACAAGCCGUUGAAGAAAAAACCACAGAACCAAACCCUUCGAAGCUAGCGGAUACUUUAGACGAAACAGUCAAAGAAAACACCACAAUUGAAAGCGGUUCCGUUGUUUUGGGGGAACAAACAGUCAUAGCUAGUGACGGCGGAAAUGGGGAGGAAGCUGAUAGCGUUACCCUAAAUGCAAGCAGCGCAACCGGUGACGUUGAUCGCAAAGAACAUUCCAAGAGUGACCAAGAGGCCGAAUCAGUAGCACCAACCAUUACUACCGUCGUUUCGGAGCCAUCUGUGACGAUUCCGCAGGAAGCAGACUCGACUGAACAAACCGCCACAAACGCGGCUGAGAUGGAAGCAUCCUGCGCAGAACCGACGAUACAGGUGGCAGGAGAAGAUGAUCGUACGACGGCACAGCAGCUAGAAAUGGAACUGGCAGCGGUAGCCGCGGCCGCAUCGGCAGCUACACCUUCUGAGAUUGUUGUAGAAGAAGUGGACAUGACUGGCGAACCGGGAGCAACGGAAAUGGCCGAAGAAGACACAAAAGCGGACGACAAUGUGAUGGACAUUGACGAAUCGAGCGUGGAGAUGAUGGAUCAGUAGAUUCGCCGUCUCUCUUCUUCUCUCACUGACCACCAUGCGGUGCGGAUCGCUGUCUAAUCGAGAACAACCCGAUUGCGCGUCUAUUGACCGAGACAGCUGCUCGUCUGUUGUAUUAAUGCUAAUCUUAAAUGGAUCGAUUUUUUAAAAGGACAAAUAAACUAAACAAACACUACCAGAUACAAGA